AUGGAUCUGAAAGGUCUCCAUCAAUGUUUGCUGUUCUUGCUGCUGAGCCUGGAUGGUGUGCUGUUGAGCUUGGAUCGUGGCCACCAGGUCCUGUGUUGGACCAUCUGCUGCUGCAAGAGGUUUAUCAGGGCAUCCAGAUUGAAUGUGACAGAGCCUUGGGCAGGGUUGGGGCUGGAAGCCAUAGGGGAGUCUGAGAUUGACAUGUUGUUGUUGUGGUUAGAGCUGAUUAAAGAAGAACCAGUCAUGAGAAGCAAGGUGGGUCACGAGGAAACAAGGGCCAAGUCCAAGCAAGAUAAACUCCCCAUUUCGAAUUCUAUCACCAACUCUCCCAACUCUUCCUGCUGCUAA